UACAAAUGAUGCGCACCCCGUCAGAGAAAGGGGAAACAUGGCAGUUCCCUUGCGCCGUUUACACCACGUUUCGCUUCAAGCUUCAAACGGGCUGAAAUUAGCCCACGACCUUGUGUCAAAAUACAAGUUUAAUUUGUUUGCCACCAGACUGACUGACAGGUCAAGGCAGGUGGCUUUCCGGAAGGGAACGUCAGUCUUCGUUGUGAAUGAGGGACCCGUUCAGGGCAGUGUGGGUUUGAAUGAAUGGCCGCAGGACGGUGGAAACGGUGAACACUCCGAUCAUCCUCCCCGAGUCCACUCGGAGAAACACAAGCUGAGUAACCCGUCGUAUCUUUACGAUGUUCACACCCACCAUCCGGUGGACUCUGUCAGUAACGUGUGUUUCGAGGUGGAAGAUGUGGAAAGGUCGUUCAAGGUGCUCCGCCAACUGGGCUGCAACUUCCUUGUGCCUCCCACGACAGUCGAGGACGAGAAUGGUCUCGUCACCUACUCUGUGGUUAAAUCGGUUGUGGGAAAUGUGUGCCACACGUUGAUUGACAAGACAAAAUACAGAGGGACCUUUUUGCCUGGGUUUACUAUCACUGAAAAGGACCCGAGCUUGCAAAAGGAGGACUUGUCUUGUCCAGUUACCCAUUUUGAUCACAUAACUUAUGCCUGUCCCAGAAAGUCAUCCCACCAGGUCAUGGGGUGGUAUGGGAAGCUUUUUGGCUUUCAGAGAUUUUUCAUUGAUGGCAAUGAAGAUAUAGAUGAAGGUUUCGUUGUGAACCAGGAAGGCGUCGGACUUCGACUCACUGCCAUGCAGUACUGGAAGUGCAGCAAAGCGGGCAUCGCUCUUCCCUUCCCUGACAAAAAAGAACCCGACUGCAAGUUUGUCAUCGCAGAAUCACUUCCUCAUGAAGGCCGCAACCAGGUGGACACCUUCUUGGAGCAGCACAGAGGGGCAGGCGUCCAGCACGUCGCACUCUACACCAAAAACAUUGUCUCUACCGCGCAUGCGAUGGCUGAAGCUGGAGUCCAGUUUUUCUCCCCUCCUCCUGCAUACUACACAGAGGUUUGCACACGCCUUAUUGCAAUAAGAGAGAAGGAAGUUCAGAAGGUCAGUUUAUUCAAUGCUGUCUUUUUUUUUCUUCAAAAGAAAAUAAAAUCAGAGUUAGUUUCACUCCUUUUUUUAGCCUCUCUAUGCAGAUUUCCUGACACAGCUCAGCUCAUAAUCAGUCUCUUCAAGGCCACCACACCGCCCAGCACGGCCAGGACAGAGCCGCUCUUUGUUCAUGAAAACAACACAGACAGAGACACAGAUAUACAGAGUCUGGUUUGCAUGUCAUGUGUUCAUUUGAGUAUUUUGCUUUAAAAAUAGAAACUCCUAAUGAGUUUAUUUGACAGUAUGAUACAUUUCAAGCACUUGUCUCUAUUAAUUCUGAUGAUUAUGGCUUACAAUGAUCCACAAAAGGCCACUGCUACAAAAGCAAAAGAAUAACUGCAGACUGAAGAAUGAUUGUGAAGCAAAACAUAUUCAGAUGAUUGUUGGAGGAAUGCACUGUGUUUUAUUACAUGUUUUUACAUUUUUAAUAUUGGGGAUGCCUUAUUUGAUUUUAUUUUUUAAAUUUUCAAAUAUAUUUAGAAUUUUCUUACCAGAAUAUCCACCUAUUGUUAUUAUUAAGGACUUUCUGUCAGAGGAGAUCUUGCAGAUGAGUAAAUGAAAUAAUAAAAUAUUGUUUUUAAAUAGCUAAUGUACUCAAUGACGGUAUACAGUUAUGGUCAAAUAAAAAAAAAGACUAUUUCCUGAAAACUAAGUAGUAAAUUUAGAAAAUAUCCUAAUAAGACAAAGCAAAUAAAUCAUUUUUUCAUACAAUGAGGAUAUUUAAUUUUUAAAUAAAACCUGGAAAUUUAGGGAGAAGCAACAACAAAAAGUGAGUUCAAAUAGACAAGAAAAAAAAAGUUGGAAUUGGAAUAUAAUUAAGAUAACGAUAUGGUUUACAAUUCAUUUCCCUCCUUCACUCUACACGUUCUUAACCAUCGUCAGGAGAACCACACCGCUCUCUGUGAGCAUUUCGAUCUUUGUCCCUAAUACCUAGAUUGACUGUGGGCAACAGGCGCAUUGAAAAUCCAUCCAACUGAUUUGCAAACCAGUGAUUUCUUACACGUGACGUGUGCUCCGGCAGGUCGGAAAACAGCAGGAAAUAGAGGAGGCGGGACUCGAUCCCCAGAGGCUUUCGGAGCACGGCAUUCUUCUGGAUACGGACCUGCAGCAGGUUCCAUCGUCACAGACAGGAUGCAGCGAAAGCAGAAG